AUGGCGGCAGCUGAGAGUGAGCUCCGAUUUUUACAUUCCAAGCCAACCUGUUUUAUUGUUGUUGGCAAACCUGGAGCUGGUAAAACAUCACUUGCUAAAAGACUUGCGCAGAACUGGAAAUGUGAAUUGGUCAGUCCCACAGAGUUGAUCUUACAAAAUAUGGACCUGGAAACAGACAUAGGAAACAAAGUAUCAGAGAUUUUACUCCGUGGUGAAGCACUACCAGAGGAAAUGGUGGCUAAAAUGAUUGAAGAAAAAAUUAACUCACCAGAAGUAGCCCACCACGGGUAUGUACUAGAUGGUUUUCCCUCUCUCUGUGAAGACUACAUGAGAGUCGUGGAUCAAUUGGAACUUGUUAAAAACUGGAAACUAAAGCCAGAUUUCAUCAUCAAUUUAAAGAUUCCUGACAACGAUCUUGCAGCUCGGAGAACCGGACAACGAGUUGAUCCUGUUACAAAUGAAAUGUACACCAAAGAGCAGUGGGAUCCCGAGAAAGCUGAACCAGAUCUGGAUAAAGAAGAAGGGGAGGAGGAAGAAGAAAUGGAAGAGGAGGAAGAAGGUGAAGAAGAGAUGGGAGAAGAAGAGGGAGAUGAAGAGACUGUGGAAUUAGGUUUUGAUGUUAUUGAGAGACUUGUCAAACGACCUGAAGAUCUGCCACAGCAAGUUGACCUUAGCGUUGACACUUACAAAGACAUGAUGUUAAGAGUAUUAGAAGACUAUAUGGCAGAUCAUGACCAACAGUAUGUGAUUGAGUUGGAUGCCAAUAAGAAUGCUAAUCAGCUUUUUAAAGACCUACAGACCAAACUCAACACAUUCUCACUACGCCGUGCCGCUGUGCCGAUCCGCUUACAUGACCCCGAUGGUGAAGAUAUCCCCGAAGACCUUGAAACUGAUGAACUUAUGAGGACACUGGCCAAUAAUGAGAUUGUUGCUCCACGCUAUCGAUGGCGGCGUAGCAAGUGGGCAAGGGCAUGUCCAGUGGAACUGCAGCAGGGUAACGUAGUGAUGGGGAAACCAGAGUUUGCUGUUAGCUUUCUAGAUCGUAUGUAUGUUUUGUCAAGUGAAGAAGCCAUGGGAAAGUUUCUGAAAAACCCUCGCCCUUAUAUGAUUGGACCUCAACCGAGACCGCCAUGUAAAUUAUGCGUGACAGGUCCACCACUUUCUGGGAAGACUACUUUGUGUCACUUAAUUGCACAGAAAUAUAAUGCAACGGUGUUAGAUAUGGAUGAGCUCAUCAAACCACGCCUACAAGAACAUAAAGAGAAACAAGUACAGCUAGCCAAGGAGGAGGCAGUGGAAACAGCCAUCAUAAAUGUCAGAACAAAACUUAAAGAAAAGGAAGAAAAGAAAACAGAUAUUGAUGAUAAAAAGAUGCCGAGAGUGAAGCGACUGCUGCAGAAACAGAGAAAGGUGAAGAAGGAAUGGGAACUGACGAAGCAUCAGUUCAAGGAACUGAUGUCGCGUCAGAGUCUACAGCGCCCACUGUUGUCAAACCAGAAGCGGUGGUAGUUGACGAGAACCAUCCAGAAGUGAAAGCCAUUGUAGAUGCCGCUGUGAAAGAUGCUGAAAGUCUCACAUACUCAUUAAGUGCUGAACAGUAUAUAGACUGCUUGGAUGAAGCCAUCAAAGAUGUUGAAAAAGAACUGAAAAAACAGGAUCCCAUUGGACCUGC